AUGACAACAUCAACAAGACUUGGAAACAAACCAAACAAAUAUGCUGUGACAAACAUUUCAAUUUCGGACAAGCCCAAUUUAAAUGGAGAUUGGUUGAACAUUUUCAUACUGUUAUUACUAUAUACAUUACAAGGGUUGCAAUUAGGCUUAACUAGUGCUAUACCGAUACUUUUGCAAAGUAAUAAAAAUGUUACUUAUCAAGAUCAGGCUGUUUUUAGUUUAGUGAUGUGGCCAUACACUUUGAAACUCUUGUGGGCUCCUUUAGUAGACGCAAUAUACCUAAAAAGGAUAGGAAGGCGAAAGUCUUGGCUCAUACCGGUGCAAUAUAUAAUGGGAUCAUUCUUCCUUUACAUAGCCAAUGACAUCAAUGACUUGCUGCCCGAAACGGGAAAACCGAACAUAGGGAAACUAGUGUACGUGUUUUUCGUCGCUACCUUCUUGGUGGCCACGCAAGACAUAAUUGUUGACGGUUGGGCACUUACAAUGUUGAAAAAGAAUAAUGUGGGAUAUGCGUCCAUGUGCAAUACAACGGGAUUGGCGAUCGGCUCGAUGAUAGGUUCUGUGUGGUUCACCCUGUUGACGUCUAAAGACUUUUGCAACAAAUACGUGAGGGCUAAGCCUGAGACGGAAGGAAUAGUUACCAUGGAACAAUUAUUAUACGUUUGGGGCAUUAUAUUUAUGUUUAUCACGACGUUGAUUGCUAUAUUCAAAAGUGAAAAGGAUUGUUCAUUAGAAGAUGACCAUGUAGAGCUCGACACUUUUCAAAACUAUCGUCUACUAUGGGACAUUUGCAAACUACCCAGUAUACAGAUAUUUGCGAUGGCAUUGUUGACAGUGAAGGUUGGAUUUGCUGCAACCGACAGUGUGUCACCUUUAAAACUGAUUGACGCUGGUGUAUCAAAAGACGACAUGAUGUUAAUAAAUACAUCAAUAAUUUUAGCAAAAAUUAUUUUACCUCUCGUUAUUGCAAGAUAUACUUCAGGUCCAAAACCGAUGAGUAUAUACUUAAAAGCUACUCUGAUUAAAUUACUUUGGAACAUUGCAUUUAUUAUGCUAAUAUAUUAUACACCAAAAUUGAUAAAUAUUAAUGGACAAAUAAACAUUCCAAUUUAUUACUACGUGAUAUUAGUAAUUAUAUUAUCAAUACAGGAGAUUCUAAAUUAUACCAUGUUUGUGGCUUUAUUAGCUUUUUACUCUAAAAUAAGCGACCCUCGUUUUGGUGGUACUUACAUGACAUUAUUGAAUACCCUCUCAAAUUUGGGAAACGCAUGGUCAUCUUUAACGGUACUUGGAAUUGUUGAUUUGUUAACGUUCAAAGAAUGUUCAUUUGAUUCCAAGAAUAAUUGUUCUUCACCAGACCUUCAAAACAGAUGUAUAACAGAUGGAGGUGAAUGUGUUGUAACAGUGAACGGAUAUUACAUAGAAAUGGUACUGUGUACUAUUUUCGGAAUAUUGUGGUAUGGUAUUUUCAAAAAUAUUCUUAAAAAUCUUCAAAUGAAAUGCCCAUCUCAGUGGUUGGUGAACUACGCUAAACAACCAAUUACAAAAAAUGUAUUUACCGUUACUGUAACCUGA